AUGUCCGCCCCCUCCGCCGAGCCGUCUUCCCUCCCUCCUCCACCGACUCACUAUCCGCCUUGUCCGCAUCAGAAAGACAGCGAGAGAGAUCUUUACGCACGACUUCGUCAAGUAUAUCAAGAGCACAGCCCCACCUGGGACGACGAGUCUCGCUCAGCCUGGUUCACAUCCGUCAUUGACAAAGCUACGCUUGGCGACACAACUACCAGAAAGGUCUCUGCACAUAACAUUGCGCGCUGCGUCACUGCCGAGACGGUCACUUGGGCACAUUUCUGCGCGUUGAGCACCAUCUUCGAGAAUCGGUUCCAGAACAGCAAGAAGUUCGUCAAACUUGUUCUUGCAAGGUAUCCCAGCGCGGACCUCGACGGCCUCUCGUUCAAAGAGAGCUACAAACUACCCAACGCGGAAAGCACGCUCGUCAAGGACACAGACGGCGAAGCGUCGUCGUCCGAUUCACAGGACGACAAGUCAGACCAACUACUUCAAUCUCGCCCACCUUCUUCUCCAUCUCCCCACACACCUCCAACAAUGCCCGUCCAGACUCGUUCUGCGUCGGCCAAGCCGCUUUCGUCUGUGGCUCCCCCACCUGCUCAGGUCACUGGACCCAAGGAGAACAUGCCUGCGCCGCCUGAGGAUUCCCCCGGCGCCAGAAGAAUCAAGCGAGAGCCCUCUGAGGAGGAGCAGCAGCUGCAGCAGCCUGCUGCCAUUGACACCACCACUGCCGCGCCUGCCCAAGAGCCCAAGAAGCGCAAGCGUCUGCCCGGUUCCGCACCAAAGCGCCCUGCCGUCGCCGAAGAAGAGACUGCCCCGGCCCCAAAGCGCCAGAAGAAGACGGCCAAAUCCACCAAGUCUGCUGCUUCCACCUCCAAAGCCGACAAGAAAACAGACGAAAAGGGCGCCAAGAAGACCGAAGGAAAGGGCAAGGCAAAGCCCGCCGCCAACAGCAUCGACAACAACCAGACUGUCGCAACCCCUUGCGCCGCCUCCACCAUGCCUGCCAACGCCGCAGAUGAGCCCACCGGCCCCAAGAAGCGCGGCCGCAAGCCCGGCACCACCAAUAAGCCUCGCGCCGACAUCGCCGCCCUCGUGGCCCGCGUCGACGCCCUCGAGGCUCAGAUGAAGGAGCUCCAGGCGAAGAACGAGAAGCUCGAGGCCUUCAAGGCAAAUAUGCGCGCGUACCGCCGCAAGCAGUCGGAGCAGAUCUUGCGUCUGCGCCGGUGGGUGACCGCCGCGCAGGGGCAGGGCGUGCCCGUGCCGGCGGAGGUGUGGGACGCGCUCCUGCGGGCCCGCGCGGAGAGCAAGAAGGCCGUCAAGGCCGAGAAGUGA